AAGGAGCCUGAUGUGGGACUGAUUCCAGGACCCUGGGAUCGUCACCUGAGGUGAAGGCAGACGCUUAACUGACUGAGCCACCCAGACACCCCUUUGCACCUGUUUCUAAGAAAUUUUCUCAACUCUGUCUAGUCUAACAAAGAUGAAUUUUAUGUUCUAUCAAAUAGGUGGUUUUCAGGUGAAACUGUUGGGAAGUAAAUAUUUUCUAUUUCCAAGAUAAUCAAGAGAGAAGGAGAGAAACUGCCAUGUUAUCAGACAAUAGCAGGUAUUUUGUUGAAAAACAUACAGAAUUAACAGCCUGGCACAAUUAAGUUGUGUCACCUUACAUAUGAAAGGAUGUUGUAAUGAGACAUACUGAGUAUUCCUAGGAAAACUAUUGUGAUGAUAGUCUCAUUCUCCUAGAGGACUCCCACACUUUUUAUGAAAUACAAAAUAAGCAGUAUUUAGAAUACUGAUCUUUAUUCCCAUUUUACCAGAAAGAUAACAGAGAACAUGAACAAUUUACUAGUCAGAAAAAAAGUUUUAUAACCUCAAAACAAAUGUUUACUCACCAAGAGCUGUAAAUUGCUUAAACUGCUUAAAUUGGAGAUUUCAGUGGGAUUUUUAGCAGUAAUUCUGAAACUCUUCAGUUACACAAUGUUCAAGGCAUGGAAAAGUGUUUUUCUACACAGCACAACUGAAAUGUCAUUUAAUCAAGUAGACAAAUACCUUGUAGACAACCAACGUAGUCAAAUACCAAAGCUUCAAACCGUUCAGGGAGGCAUAAACUACCUAUUUUCUACACUUUCAGCUGGUAUCAGUCUUUUGUUUUCAUUUUCGAAGAACAACUGCUGUAAAAUGGCUAUAUUCAUUAGCCUGCCACCUAAAAAGCAUUAAUUUGUAGAACAAAUGAGCAAGUUUUCGUGUGUUCUUGAAGUAUAAUAGAGUUCCUUCACUGAAAUAUAUUUCUUUUUAUUCACAGAAUAUUUUACAAGACUGCUUGCACUUACAGAUAUCAUGUAGUAGGAAUUCUCCAACAUUGUAAUAGACCAAGUGAUGCCCACUCACAGACGUAGAAAUACAAGUUGGGGGAGUUUAAUACUUUGAUUUUAGAGUUGCUAGAAGAGGCACAGAAGGUUCAUUUCAUGAGUGUUGAGGGGAAAGGAGAAACGGACUCCUCUCACCCUAUUAAAAAGUUUUUAAAUCUCUAAUAAAUUUAUUUCUUUGAACUAUGGAGUCUCAGAAGAGGAAGUCGUCCUAAAGAACUGAAUCCUUCUAGGUUUUAGCUCAUUCUUUUUCCAGAUGGCCUGUUCUGUUCUUGGAGAGUUUUAAUUACUAGAAGAAUCUUUUUGCCCUGAACCAAAAUCUGUCUCCCCUAACUUCCCAAAGUUGGCCCCACUUUGGAGCUCUGGAAAUCUGCAGGCCAGUUCCUUCCAGGCUUUCUUCAGCCAGGCAGGCCAGCACCAGUGCAGGGCCCCGCCACCUCUGCUCGUCCUCCUCGUCCGCCGCGCAGCACGCAGUCGGGAGCUCGCUCCUCCCGGGCCUCGGAAGCCGCCACUUUCGCCGGGUGCGAAUCAACGCGGCUAGCCAGCCCUCGGGUGGUGCGGCUCUCUCCUGACAAUCGGGGGGAUGCCGGAGUCACUGGUGAGUGCAUUUCAUCAGGGGGCAAGUGUGCUCCAGUCCCAGAGGCACAGGGUGCAGCCCCGGCUCGUUCCUGUAAACCCGGGCGACGACCUCGUGCCGCCGGCUGGUCCGUGCGCGCCCGGCGCCGCGGAGGACGAAACGCCCCGGGGAACUUACUCAAGCCAAGUCCGGUUCUAAGACGGUCGGCACCCAGAGUUGUCAGCGCCGGGACCCCGCGCCUGCCCCUCCUCGGCCGCGCAGCCCCCGCGGGAGGGAGGCGGGCAGAUGACGAGGGUGUGGGGGCGUGAGUCUGAGGGCGGCGGGCUCCGGCGUCGCAGGCGCGGGCUCCGCAGGCUCCGUCGCUGACCGGCCGGGCGCGGCGCGCGGAGCGUCGAGGUCGCCGCCGCCGGGGGAUGGCGCGUGCGGGGGUCUGGAUGCUGGUGGUCGGCGUCCUGCUAGCGUUGGCGCCGGGCCGGACCGCAGGCGCCCUGAGAACGAGCAGACGUCCGGCGCGGCCGCGGGGCUGCGCCGACCGGCCGGAGGAGCUCCUAGAGCAGCUGUACGGGCGGCUGGCGGCGGGCGUGCUCGGCGCCUUCCACCACACGCUGCAGCUGGGGCCGCGCGAGCAGGCGCGUAACGCGAGCUGCCCGGCAGGGGGCAGGCCCGGCGACCGGCGCUUCCGGCCGCCCACCAACCUGCGCAGCGUGUCGCCGUGGGCCUACAGAAUUUCCUACGACCCCGCCAGGUACCCGAAGUACCUGCCCGAGGCCUAUUGCCUGUGUAGGGGCUGCCUGACCGGGCUGUUCGGGGAGGAGGACCUGCGCUUCCGGAGCGCCCCGGUGUACAUGCCCACCGUCAUCCUGCGGCGGACCUCGGCCUGCGCGGGCGGCCGCUCGGUGUACGCGGAGGAGUACGUCACCGUGCCGGUGGGCUGCACCUGCGUCCCCGAGCAGGAGAAGGAAGCAGACAGCAUCAACUCCAGCAUGGACAAGCAGGGCACCAAGCUCCUGCUCAGCCCCAGUGACAAGCCGGGCCGGCCCUGAGGCCCUGCCGCUGUCCGAGGCCCCUCUCCCUGGAGCGCGCGGGCUGGUUCCACCUCCCAGGAGCGAAAACGAAGACGGAAAAAGGAGUAAAGGACACAACUGAACCGGAGAGGUUUCUGACCCGCCUGCUUGGCAGCUUACUGUCACACAGCAUCAUCCCCUGGUUUUCUUUGAGGCAGAGAAGCACAGGGUCGGUGAAGGCUGCCGGGAAGUUACCCGGUACAUGGCAGCAGGCAGGGAACGGAGGGCCAGGGCCUGCCGAAGGUGGCUGGAGCCUGGCAAGCGCAUAAGUGUCUUCGUGGCCCUCUCUCCGUGGCCCUCCAGGCUCAGACCCUUCCCCCAGCUACAGUGCAGCGUCCUUAGGACCUCUGGGAAGCGGUGCGAGCCUUCACAAGAUAGAUGGUAGAUGGGUGCUUCUAAAAGAGGGCUUUUUUUUUUUAAGUAGAAUAUAUACCUACUUUUUUGUUCAGUGUUUUCAGUGAGGCAGAAACUAUUUUUAUAUUAGGAAUUUUGAGUAUAUUAAAAAUUUUUUACUUGACAUGUAAGUAUUUUAUAACCAUUCUGUUUUCACUUCCUCUGGUAAGAUUUUUUAGAUGCACAACUGGAAUCCUCAGGUAAACUUUUUAGCUGGCACUGGGGCCCGAGUCCCUGAAUUCAGCCUGUCCCCAGUUGCUGACCAUAACAAAACGGACAGGGUUGAAUGUGACCUCCAGUGAAGAUUUUCACAGGCUGCUCCAUGAAUAAAAGAGAAGCACAGGAGGCUCAGCUCACCCAGGGCCGCCAAGGAUUCCAGAAACCUCAAACGUGGUUUGUUCGUGACUGUGUAAAUGGCCACAGACGUAUACAAUUAAAUACUUUUUCACUUUUGAAAGUAAGUGGGGCCAAAUAAAAGGUGGUGGGACAGGGCGAGAGGUGGAAUGUGCUAUCUUUGUCAAUUCUCAGAAGAGUCCAAGUCUUAGCUUAGUUUUAAGGGCUUCAGGAACUAGCCAAAUAGGAGAAGCAGCCAGCUUACGAUUUCUAGAAAUCAGUAUUGGGGGCCUCUUUUUCUACAUCCUUCAGUGUGAGCUAAAACCAUACUCUCUUCUGUAGCCUGGAAGUUUGUCCUUGAACACAAUUAUUUGUAAAAGUGACAAGUUCUUUUUAAAUGAUUAAAGCAAUUGUAGGUGAAGGGCAUGUUGGCUGUGUGCAUUUCUCUCUCUGGGCUCCACUCAUUUUUAGAGGAAACUAUUUU